AUGGCCUAUUCAUUAACAGUCGCAGCUCUCCUACACCCGUGGUCUGGGCGCAUCGACAUUGCUUCCCGUCUGCCCCUGCGCCGAAAUGAAUGGGCCAUCUCCAACACUAUACCGUUCACCGUCGACAGAUAUCCAACAACGGUAGAGAAUUACAAGACAAGACGCAAGAGUUUAUCAGUUGAUCUUUCAUGGAUACUCCGUGGCCAGAGAAAUGCCACCGAAUGUGAAGUCGCCGAGGAAGAGGAGAGCACCAGUUCCAUUUCAGAUACACAGAGUGAUCUAUUGAGCUCAGGUGAUGCGACUUGCGAAUUCUCAGAUAACAAGAGCGAGACGCCUGAAAUGGAAGCGAACGACACCUGCGAUAUACAAGAGGACACUGUUAACACAGAUGUCGAUUUGGAGAUACCCAAGACCAUCAAAGCGCCUCUAACACCUCCCGCCGUACUCAAGACGUCACCAGAGCCCAUGUAUGGCAACGAAUACUUUGAAAUCGCCAAGUCUAAUGUUGAAGGAUGGGGAGCUUUCGCAACGCGGGAUCUGACCAAGGGAGAUGUCAUCCUGAGAGAGAUCCCGUUGUUUGUGGCUGAAACUGAUAAAGUCUUUCACGAAUUCUACAAGCUUGACGGGGAUGCUAAGAAAGUCGCGCUCAGCCUCCAUUCGCAUCGUCUCAUAAAAGGGGGCACGCCUCAAAUCCUCGCAGUUUGGCAAACUAAUUGGCAAGUUUCAGCUGCCUCCAUUAAUGUACUUUACAAGUUACUAAUAUGUGUGUAG